AAGGUUUGCGAUGGUUCAUGUGCCACUUGCUCGGGUCCUUCUUCAAGUGAAUGUCUCACUUGCCCCGGUGCUUACGUGCUGAACGCCAACAAGCAGUGCGUCAACCCGUGCCCUGCUGGUACCUACGGCACGUCUGGCAACUGCAAGAACUGUGACUCGACCUGUGCGACCUGUGAGGCCGCUGGCAGCAACGCGUGCACUUCAUGCACUGCCCCUCGCACCCUCAACGCGGCCACUCGGCAGUGCAUCUCCAACUGCCCCGACUGUGCUGAUGGCGAGUACCUUGCUGGCCAAUGCAAGCACCUGAACGCACCAUACUGUGCCGAUUGCCAUCCCAAGUGCGAAACGUGCUCGGGCCCCCUGGACACGGAGUGCAAGAGCUGCCCCGAGGGCACUCACCUCGAGCACGGACAGUGCGUCACCGAGUGUUCGUACGGCAAGUACAGUGCUGGCGGCACGUGCACGGACUGCGAUGACAGCUGUGCCGACUGCGACGGUCUGGGGUACCGCUGCACGGACUGCGCGGCCCCCAAGGUCUUGGACGUCGGCCAGUGCCGAUCCGAGGCCCCUCCCACUUGCGUUGCCUGCCAUGCCUCAUGCGCCACUUGCGAUGGCCCCGCCGCCACCGACUGCCUCACAUGCCCCGAGUCGACCAACUUUGACAAUGGCGAGUGUGUGAGCAGCUGUGAUGACGGUGACUAUGAGGACACGACUCAGCAAUGC